UCAUCAGGCGCGUCCUCGUCAGUGCUCGUACCCCGGAUGUUGAUAUCAGAACGCGUGUGUUCGACUCCUGUCAGUCGUGCCUCAGCUGAUAGCCAUGGUUAACGCUCGUGUAUCCUUCUCCUGACAGUGUUUAUGUGUUACUAAUCUGGUAAAUGCCCAGAAAUCUGCAAGAUGUCGAUGGAUGUGACGUUCCUCGGGACCGGCUCCGCGUACCCGUCUCCUCACCGCGGCGCGUCCGCUCUCGUGUUGAGGACUGAAGGGGAAAACUGGCUCUUCGACUGCGGGGAGGGAACGCAGAUCCAGCUGAUGAAGAGCACACUCAGAGCCGGUCAGACUCUCACUCACUGCCGCUGCUGUUCUCUGACACGGGUCUCUGUGUUGUGGCAGGUUUCUACUGUUGAGUUGUCAGUCAGAAAAAAAGGUAAAAUCAGCAAGGUGUUCAUCUCGCACCUUCAUGGAGACCAUCUGUUUGGUCUUCCCGGUUUGCUGUGCACCAUCAGUCUGAAUUUGAACCCUCAGCCAGAUCAGCCUCCGCCCUGUGUGGACAUUUACGGCCCGCGAGGACUGAGACUCUUCAUCCGUGUGGCGUUGCAGUUGUCUGGCUCGCAGUUGCUUUUUCCGUAUGCUGUGCAUGAACUGCAGCCGUCCGAUGAGCAGUGUCCUGAAGAGGGGCAUCUCAGUCCUGCUCUGACCACCGCCAGUGAAACCCUUCACCCGCAGGAGCGUCCUGGCAGAACUGUACAUCCAGACCCCGACACGGACUGUUACCACCUCAUUGAUGACAAACAGUUUGUGGUUAAAGCGUUCAAGCUCUUCCACAGAGUCCCCUCAUUCGGCUUCUCGGUGGAGGAGAGAGAACGUCCGGGACGGCUGAACACAGACCUGCUGAAAGAACUAGGUUUGAAACCAGGCCCUCUAUACGGGCGUCUGAAGAACGGACAGUCGGUGACUCUAGAUAGUGGCCGUGUGUUGACAGCUGGUGAGGUGCUGGAGCCGCCGCUGAAGGGCCGGAAGGUGUGUGUUUUCGGGGACUGCAGUGCUCCACUGGGCGAGGGAUUUAAACGGGCGUGUUACGGUGCUGAUGUUCUGGUGCAUGAGGCCACGCUGGAGAACGGGCAGCAGGAGAAGGCUGUUGAACAUGGACACAGCACUCCUGGCAUGGCUGCGGCGGUGGCGCUCACAUGUGAGGCGAAAACACUGGUGCUCCACCACUUCAGUCAACGAUACAAACCUGAAAAUCUCCGGCGAGAUGAUGAUGAAGACGAUGUUUCAGAGCUGAAGAGACAAGCUGAGCUGGUGCUGCAGGGUUCCAGGACGGACGUCAUUCUGGCUGAAGACUUUCUCACUCUGCCUGUGGCGCUCAAGAGGAAUUCGACAACGUAGUACCUGUCAGAUUUAGCCCAUGUGGAAAUACGUUUUCUAGUUAUUAAAUUUUAAUAUGAGAAAAUGUUUUAAUAAAGUCAUUUUGUACCACA